CUUGAAGAGGACUCCUGGUUGGAGCUAUCCGAGAUCCUUGAGAAGCCAGCACCUUUUCAAACCUCUACAUCUAAAAUAUUGAAAUCACACAGUUGGGGGAUUUGUGAAUGGAAACACUUCAAUGUACUGUAUAAUUAAGAGCAGGGAAUCUUCUAAGUUUUGUCUUGAGGUGGUUUAUAUGUGCUUGUGCUGUUCAUCUUUUACACUCUGUAUUUGUGGGCCUAAGUGAUUUUGGAACCCAGUGUGCAUGGAACAGGGUCGAGUGCAUUCUUUUAGUUUAAAUUCAGAGAGGGAUUUUCCCCAUCAAAGAAAUCUGUUCCUAAACCUUUGAUUUUUUUACUUUUGUUCAUUCUUGCUUGCCACAGGCACACAUGGAGUAGCACCUCUUAGCAAAGAGCAUGGUUUUAAUUCUAACUGUUGUAACUUGGGGAGGGAGACAACAACCUUUCCCUGCACACAUUAACAGGGUUGCAGAACUGGGUGAGGUAGUGAAUUGUACAGCAAACUGGAACAACCAGGGAACAAGGAAGAUGGGGAGGGUAAGCAGAUUAGAAUGCAGUGCAAUCUCUGACAACAUGAAUUGCAGGGCUGGGAGGAAACCCUAAGCUGUGGGGUACAGCAAAUGUAGGUGAAUGCCCUGAGGUGGCAGCUACUUGCAAUGUCAACGUGGGACUAUGAUGAGAAUGGGGACCCCAUUGAUGAAACACACCAGUACAGAGAGUUGAAUGCAAGUGGAAGCUCAAAUUAUAACACUGGUUACAGGAGCUCCCACAGGAACCAUAGCGAUCACCACCAUGAGCAUUCGGAGGACCAUCAAAUGCAUGGUAAUAACCAUGGGCAAGUGAUUGCUGAGCACAGCCACACUGGGAGCCCUGAGUGGGAGAGCCAUGUUGAGACUCAGCAACAUGUGCACGGGGAUAGUGGGGAUGCCCAACAACAGAAUGUGGCAGGGCAUAGGGAGUCAUACAGGAGGAGCAACAGAACACGUGGGGAAGCCUUGUAUGGAGUGACUCCACCUCCUCCUCGUUCUCCUCCUCACCUGGCCCGUGAUAGUGUGCAGGAUCACCAUCAUCAUCAUCAUGAUGUUCAUGGAGGUGGGAGAGGAGGAGGAGGAGGCUACAGGGAUUGGCAGUCAAAACCAGGUGUAGGAUCAUCGCAUCACCCCCAUGCAGUAGCAGCAGCUCCUCCUCCUCAUCUUCCUAGUCAAUGGAGGAGGAGGGCUGUCCAGGAGGGUUCUGCUGCUAGGGGGGAUCUGUUCAGCAGCAGCACCAAUGUGGUAAACCUAACAUUUGAUGAAGUGAAUGCCUUGGCCCAAAGCCAUCGCUCCAAAGCAUGGCUGGUGGUUGUGUAUGCCCCAUGGUGCCACUUCUGUCAGGCCAUGGAGUCCAACUUUGAAAGAGUUGCUCAUCACUUGGAAAGUUCAAAUGUGUAUGUUGGAAGAUUUCGAGGAGAUGGUGAUUACAAGGAAUAUGCAAAGCAAUAUUUGCAGCUUGAGCACUUCCCCACAAUUCUCUUCUUCCCAAAAGACAGUUCUCGCAUUGUAAAAUAUCAAUCAGAAAAUAGAGAACUGGAUGCUUUACUUGGAUUUGUACAUUCUUUUGAAUAAAACUCAGGAAGGUAAUUCAUAACAUAUUCUCCAUUUCUACCAAGAAUUAAAUUCAAUACAUAUUUUUCAUUUUGAAAUUUAACUAUAUUUUAUUUUAUUUCUGAUGGAAAUUUAGAGAAAUAAUUUACCAAAUGAAAUAUGGUGUUAUUGUUCAAUUUGAUUCAAUGAUUAUUUUUUUUUAAAGGAAAUUUUAAAAAUUAAGAAGUUUACUUUAGUUGCAAAACGACUUCAAAACAAAUAUUGGUAUUGAUACCUUGGUAUUAAUACCUUGUUAAUGAUACAUUAGUAUUGAUACCUUGUUUGAAUUAAGAGCAUAGAUUUGUCUCAAUUCUUUUGGUAAACAAAAAACUGAUCUUAUCAAAUUGUAUCUACUUGUAAACAUUAUCUUUUUUAGAUGUCUUUAUAAUCAUGAAAACCAAGCUUUUUGAUGUUAAAUUAUAUUUUAUACAUCAUUGUAGUGGAUUUUGAAAAAUAUAUAUAUAUAAAUAGAAACUUGAACAUUGAAAUGAUCUUUUUGAUGAUGGAAUUUUAAUGGUGAAAUUUAGAAUUAACAA